AUGGAGACGGUGGUGAUUGUGGCCAUCGGGGUGCUGGCGACCAUUUUCCUGGCCUCCUUCGUGGCCCUGGUGGUGGUGUGCAGACAUCGCUACUGCCGCCCCCACGACCUGCUGCACCACUUCGACUCCAAGUCAGUGAAUCGGAACGGAUUCUUCUUUCGGCUAAGAAUCUGGACUUUUAAAAGUGACUUCACCCUAAAACCCACGGUGGAUCUGAUCGGAGCCAUGGAGACGCAGAGCGAGCCGUCGGAGCUGGAGCUGGACGACGUGGUCAUCACCAACCCUCACAUCGAGGCCAUCCUGGAGAACGAGGACUGGAUAGAGGACGCUUCUGGCUUGGUGUCUCACUGCAUCUCGAUCCUAAAGAUUUGCCACACUUUGACUGAAAAGCUGGUAGCCAUGACAAUGGGCUCGGAGGCAAAGGUCAAGGCACCGGCCAGCUUGAGUGACAUCAUCACGGUGGCCAAGCGCAUCAGCCCAAGGGUGGACGACGUGGUCAGGUCCAUGUACCCCCCUCUGGAUCCAAUCCUCCUGGACGCCAGAGCUACGGCUCUACUCCUCUCAGUCAGCCACCUGGUGCUGGUCACCCGCAACGCCUGCCACAUGUCGGGCAGCAUGGACUGGAUCGACCAGUCGCUCCACGCCGCCGAGGAUCACAUGGUGGUUUUACGCGAGGCAGCGAUGGCUUCAGAACCGGAACGAAACCUUCUCGGAUUCGAUGCGCAAAGAGAGCAGUCCAUCUAAACCACUGGAACCACCGCGGCAGCACAAAUAAAAAAAAAAUCAAUCUGUUCUCGGCAGAUUACGUUGAAAAGACAUGAAAUCCAGAAUAAUUACUACUGUCCUUCCUUUAUACCUGUGCAGCAUUACAGAAAACACCUGAAGUGCCUUCAUCCAGCGGUGGGCCUUAAAUCCAGACUCAG